AUGGCCCUCAUCUCCAGUUGCCAACAUCUCGACAUCCGCUCAUUCAGUGUGGACGUCACUGAUUUCGUGUCACACUACCACGCCAAUGGCCUCACGUCGCUCUGCGGCUCUGAUGCGAGCUUGAUGGUCGCCUCUACAUACCCCACGAAGCACGCAGAGACGUCACUGCAUCCGCGGUCCCCCCGCCGCCUGCCCGUGGGCGUGGAGACGAUCGUGCUCCGAGCGCACGCGGGGUGCAUGUGCGACAACGGGUCUUACAGCGUCUUCCAGGAGAUCCGCAAGUGGGGUAUCACAAAGGCGCUGCGUGCGCGCUUUUGGGAGGGGCCGAGGAGGCGGAUCGCUGUCCGGUGUGAUCAAGGGCCGGUCGUUGGGCGGGACGUGGAGGAGGCCACAUCGCGCAAUGAUGAUGAGCACAAGCUUGAUUACACAGCGGCCAGGCAGGCAGAGCCCGCGCGGGACCCCGGAAUCGAGUCGGACUCCCGGCUGGACGAUGCCGCCCAGGGGAACGUGGGGUAUAUCACAGGGGUGCGUGUCUGCUUUCCAUCCUACGGGCAGGCAUGCUGUGGUGUCGGGGAGUCGACGGCGUACGCGUACGCACGGGCAGGAGCGCGCGGGCUGUUCAUCACCGCGCGAGCGGCGGACGCCCUUGUGUCUGUCGCCGAGGCGUCCCCAUCUGCGGCAGUCGAGUCGUGCGCGGUGGAUGUGACCGAUGAGAGGGCGGUGGGCGAGAGCGCGAAGACGUGCGUCGGGGUGUUCGGGAGGAUCGACGUUGUGCUCGCGAACGCUGGGUACAUGGAGAGAUUCAGGACGAUCGGGGACGCGGAUCCGGAGGAGUGGUGGUCCUCCGUCGGGGGCUGGCAGUGUCGCGAGCGACCCAUCCCGAGCGCGAACCCAGGCUGCAUGUCAACAUCCGCGAGCGCGUUCUGCAAGACAGGCGACGACGAGUGUGGCCAUCCAUGCGCCGCAGGGGGUGUGUUCACCGUCCUCACCACUGCACCGUGCACAGCUUGGUACCACAUGUCGAAACACGCAAUCAAUCGCUUCGCCGCGUCCACACACGCCGGUGCGUCCCGGCCAACGGCAUAUGCUGAUCCCCGCGCUGAUCUGGUGGCCGACGAGAGAGCACGGCGUGAAGGUGUUCUCGGCCCACCCCGGGCGCAUAUUAAUAGCCACCCGUCCUGGCCGCGAACGCUGGACGAGAAGGUGGAGAUCGCCCGCCGCUCGCUCGUGCGGCUGACGAGUGGCUCGGAGGAUUACCUGGGCGGGAGGUUUGUGAGCUGUACGUGGGACCGGGACGAGUUGGCGGCGCGCCGGACGGAGAUAGAGGAGGGCGAUUUCGUUGAAGCAUAG